AUGGACCGACACCGAGACACAGCUACUCCUCAAGCUUCACCUGCUGCCAUCAGGGGGCUCAAGCGCACAGCAGACGACUCGUUCGAUGAUGACAAUCGUUUCGCGAAGCGCUUCAACUUACUCAAUCUAGGUAGCCUUCACUCUGUCCUCACUGCUGACCUCACACCCACUGACUUGGCCUCCUUCUGCGCAGCCAACAACAAUGACAAACUUUACAUUCCCGUCUCGGCCAGGCCGCAGCUCCAGACCACCCUGACUCGACCACCUCCUACCGAAGAGCACAUGCAACUAGAUGACACAAAAGACCGCGUCUACAUUCACAACCUCGACGAUGAACUAGCCGACAUCGAGUCCGACGAGGAAAAACUCAUCUUCCUCCCAGACAUUGAAAAGAAGCUCAAUGCCAUACCCAGGCAUAUUUUACUCGGAGAAAAGAAAGAUUCACAUCAAGAGCUCGUCCUCUACAAUCUACCUCCGUCGUUAUCCGUGCCCAUCGAGCGAGAUAAUGUACGGAAGGCCAUACUCGAGGCUCGUGAGCGUGCCAAGGAGAAGGCAGCAAUCGCGCCUUCGUUAUCCUCCAGUCCUGCCGACGGCACACCGCCAGAAGACCAAAUAGAGACUGCUCACGGCUACGACUCUCCAGACUACGGCCUGGACGAAGACACAAACGACAUGGAAGAGGACGACGACGCCAUGGAUCUAUCAUGA